CCCCCGAGUGACGUGACGUCACCGAGACCCCGUGACGUCACCCACGGCGGGUCGGGGGCCCGAACGUGGAAAUUCCCAUCGCGAAGCCUCCCUCUGUAAGCGCCUGCGUCGAUAUCAUCAUCAGCAUCAUCGAUAACAUCAUCAUCGCUAUCAUCAUCUUCCUCCUCGUUAAAGGCGGCUCACGAUGCAUCCCCCGUCGCUGGAGUCUCUGCUCGCCGCGGCGGGCGCUGACGACGCCGGCGACGAGGUUUGCGUUAUCGGGGUGUGCGGCCUCGCCUCUCCCUCGCGCAGCAACUACGGCCACACAAUCGUCAACAUCCUCACCGACCGCCUCGUCUUCCCCGUGUGGCACGACUCCGCCGCCGCCGCCGCCGGCGUCGCCGCGCCGGUGGAGGCGCACUACGACCGGGAAAACCGCACCGUCUACCUCGUGGUGUCGUCCGCCAGCCCCGCCGGGCUCCUGCGCGCCAGCGUCACCGCCGGGGACCGGCACGCCGAGACGCACGCGGCUUGGCGCCGCGCCGAGAAGCAGCAUUGCCUGGCCAUGCUGUUCGUGCUGUCGGUGAGCCACAUCGUGCUGCUGCAGCACCCGACCUGCACCUUCGACAUCACCUACGACCGGCUCUUCCGUGCCCUCGACCAGCUCCGGCAGAAGCUGCAGCCGCAGCUCAGGGCGCUGCUGCAGGACUGCCCGGUGGGCAAGGAGUGGCAGCUGAACUGCCGGCCGUGCCCUCCACGCCUCCUCUUCAUCUUCCAGCUCAACGGGGCGCUCCGAGCCUCGGAUGCCGGGCUGUGGCGCGAGGGCGACUCCCCCGCCACCGCCGCGGGCGCUGCGACCAAACUCAAGCGCCACUCGCCCAAGCGGCGCCUGCAGCAUGCGCUCGAGGAUCAGAUCUACCACGUGUUCCGCAAGAGCCGCUUGCUCACCAACCAGAGCGUGAACUGCCUCUUCACCGUGCCGGCCAACCAGGCCUUCGUGUACGUGAUGGCCGAGCCGCCCGACGAUCCCGUCGGCUCGCUCAUCCGCUGCCUCCGCAGCAACUGCAGCCUCAAGGAGGGCGAUGGCCAAAACGCCGGACCACGAAGGUACCAGCUGAUGCGGCGUUCUGCGCGGCCGUCGGCGCUGCCCCCUGCCCCGCCCCCGCCGCUGGAGUCCCAGUCGAGCGGCUCCCUCCCGGCCGACCCCACGCUGCGCGAGUUUGUGUGGCAGCACGCCGAGCUGGUGUUCGCGCGCCGCGGAUUUGACGACAGCGUCGGCCGCAACCCGCAGCCCGCGCACUUCGAGCUGCCCACGCUCGCCAACUGGGCCGCGGUGGCCGGGCGGCUGAGCGGCGCGCUGCUCGGCACGUCGAGCGGCGCGUGGGGGGAGGUCGCCGAGGUCUCGGACGGAAAGGACGACGACGACGAGGAGGACGACGAGGAGGAGGACGACGGCGGCGGUGACGACGGUGUGGAUGGGAAGACGCCGGCCGAUCCAGUGAGCGUCCAUGCCAAGGUUCAGAGUCAGCUGAAGUGCUUGGAGGGCUUCCUGGACGCCGACACGCGCUUCUCCGAGAGCCGCUGCCAGAAGGCGCUGCCGCUGGCGCACAGCGCGUACCAGGCGGGCCUGCCACACCACUACACGAGCGCCUACCACCGGAGCCAGCUCGCGCACGCACUCUCCAUCUACAGGCAGCAUGCUCGCGGGCCGGCCUACCAGGCAUACCUCCUCAAGCUGCAGGAGGACUGCCACGCUUUCUGGCAGGCCGGCCACCAACUGUGUGAGGAGAGAAGCCUCACCGACCAGCACUGCAUCCACAAGUACCACCUGCUGCCCAAAGCGGGAGAGCUUGCUGACCCAGACCAAGUGCCACCAGUGGUCCCACAUUGCAGCCGUUCCCGCGCCACCAGCACCUGCAACUGCGGUUCGCACCAGGGCACUCGCGAGGACCCCUUCACCCUGCGCGCUGCCAACUUCACCUUCUACGAGACGAUGGAGGACAAAUACUGCGGCAAGCUGGAACACUUCGCCUUCCCCACGUUCGGGCGCGACACGGGAGUCAGCCGCAAGAACUCGCUCAAUGCCAACGCGGCCCCAGCUCCCGUGUCCACAGAGGACGCCCUCUACAAAGACGCCCCCGAAGCCACGGGCGGCACCGAGUGCAGCCCGGACCUCCCGCACGGCCUGGGCCAGGCAGCCGGCACGCCCGGGGGGCUGCUCGCCGAGCUGCAGGCCGGCACCGCCGCCGUGGCCGGCCCGGCGCAGUCGCAGCCCGGGCUAGGCCACGUCCACUCCCGGCCACCCGCCGCCGUCUCCCAGCCGGCGCACGCGCACUCCCAGCCGGCGCCGGCCACGCACGGGGACCAGAACGAUGCCCACCCCUGCCGCGCCCGUUCCCAGUCCGGACCCACGGCCCACAACGAGGGUGGCGAGCUCGAGCCCGGAGAGAGGCCGGCACCCAACCUGGAGGAGAAGUCCCCGCUUCAGGAUGAUCAGGACCAGCAGCAGCAGCAGCAGCAGCCACUGGUGGGGAUGGUGCACCUGGGAGGGGUGGUGGCGGGGCGGCUGCCCUCCUUCUCGUCAUGGUCGCUGGUGCGGCUGGGACCCGCCAAGGCGUACGUUCCCUCGCAGGGGCUCACCGACAUGCCGGGGUUCGUGCCGGGGACCCACUUCCUCAUGCCGUGGGACGUCCCGCUGUCCAGCACGCGGCGCUCCAACGAAGGAGAGGAGGAGGAGGCGUGGCCAGCGAUCCGCACGGAGGGAGCGGAGCGUGCGGAGCGUGCGGAGGGGGAGUCCUGGAGGGGGUUUGCCCCGACGCGUACCUGGAGGCGCGGGGACAACACUGCCAGGGCGUACGUCGGCUACGAGUACGAGGACUCGCGGGGCCGGCGCUUCAUGUGCUCUGCGCCGGACAAAGUGAUGAAGGUGGCGCCGGGCAGCGGUUACCGCGACUUCGCGAGCCGCGCGCUCGCGGCCGACAUGCCCCUCUACGUGGCCGCCUCGGGGCAGAGCCGCGGGCCCAAGCCGGCGCUCGCUCAGCUCAUGCGCCUCUACGUCGUGGUGCCCGACGCGUCCGUGCGCCUGCUCCUCGCACCGCAGGUGCAGCCCGGCUCGGCGCCUUGCCCGAUCUUCGUUCCGGAGCAGCGCGAGGUGACGCUGCCCACGGACGGCCUGUGGGUCCUUCGCCUGCCCAUGGCGUACGGCAGCGAGCGCGGCCCCUGCCUGCCGCCGCGUGACACGCAGGGCCUGUCCGCCUACCGCCUCCUCCGCGGCGUGCUCCGGGCGGAGACUUAGGCAGCCGUUGGUGGUGGAACAAAAUCAUUCGAGGAGGGGGGGGGGGGGGGGGGGGGGAGGAGUGCCAGGCACGGCAGGAGAACGCGGCGGGCGCCGAUGGCACGGUGGUGCCCGCGCCACUGCGCGGACUCUCGACGGCGGCGUCUCGCUCUGCGGGUCAAGUGGCUUGUUAAUCCACAUUCUGGCCGCGCGCGCUGCAGGUCACGUGACCAGCGUCCACUGAUUUUGCGCUGCCGCCGCACUCGUCGCACCGAUGACGACGACGAUGAUGAAGCGCUUGCGUGGAGCAGUGCCCAAGAUGAAACACUUUGGCGGGGGCUCCUGGCGUGGUGGGUAUUCGAUCAUUUUUCACCAGGAUGGUUUGUGCAGGAAGGGUGAAAGGCUGGGAGCAUAGGCAUGAAAGCAUAGUAGCGUACAACAAUAGAUUGUGAUGCAAACAACAUUACAGCAGUCUAUAAAGCCUAUUUUACAUGAGGUUGUUUGGGUUAGAUCGCGUAAAUAAAUAAAUGUUGUCGUUAAGCCCGCCACAGCCAACUGGUAAGGGUUGUCACGUAAACAGAAGGUGGCCAAUUCGUUACUAGUACAGCGUACCGGUAUAUUGGAGAGAAAAUCCGACAACAUUUACAAUCCGAGUACGACGUUUCGCCUGUAAUUAUAACUAGCUUCAUCAGGCGGAUGUGAUGACAUCACUUGUGAUCCCUUCGAGUUAGAAGGGGGGGGGGGAUUAAUUAAUGCAAAUACAUUACAAUGGGUUACCCAUUGCCGGUUGGGUUAUUCAUAUGGUUAUCAACGUACAUUAUUGCAUGCACAUGAUGCAUGCCCACUGUUCUUGCACCUACACACUUAUAUUUACGCGAUCUAACCCCAAGAAAACUAUAUUAUGGAUGAUAUUGGUCGCAAAAGCCGACUACGUGUUAAACUAAAAAGACUUAGUGGUCAUUCAUGCAAGCAUUUUUUUUAUAUCUGACGAGUCAAAUCUGAGAAAUGACAACAAAAAGCAGUCGUAACGGAAUUAAAACAAAAACAGCGCAGGUCAUAAAAGUGACACGCACGUGCGUGUGUAUGUGGUUUUGUAAAGCUCAAGAUUUCACUAGGGUGGCCGCAUUGCGGGCAAUUCAGUGAAAGGCGACUCAAGCUCCGAAUAGCUUCACUAUAUCAAGAAUUGCUUCGUCGGUGUUUAAUCUUUCAUUAUAAGGACCAGCUCAUGUAAAUAAACAAACCCCCUUGCAGUAGCCACUGUAAUUUAACGUGACUUUGUGUGGUGUACAAUGAUGUUUGUGGCAAAUGUGCUCAGCGUGUGAGUGCGAGUGUAUACAAGCGUUGAUUGCGUUGGGUACAAGUGAAUAUAAAAUGCAGGAGAAAAAGAUGUACACCAUUCUGCGGUUUUUUUGUGGCUUUCGAACAAUAAAUGUCACGUCCCAUCUCAGUGAUUUCUUAGAAUAUUACAUGUCCUUCACAGAUCUAUUGCACACGUUACGAGUGAUCAGUGUGUCUUUCGAGACAGAUGCAAAUCCAAGCCGUGCAAUGUAACUACUUUUUGUAUUAAUCUUGCCCGCGCCUCCGAUUCGCGUGAUUGGCUACGUCUGGUGCGAGUGAAGUUCAACACGCAUAGAUAGAACCCAUUACACCACUUGACUCUUACAGUUUUUCUCAAUCGUGCACAACAAGAACAGAUAAUCUGGAAAAAAAUGGGUGAACCGAGCAAAGCUAUUCGGGUACUCGGCUCGUACAUGUCACCAUGAGAUAAUUACAUAUACAGGUUCACACAACAUCGAGGUUAACCAAGGCUGCAUUGGGUACCGUACCAUUUCUAAGUUUAUAUUCAGCCUUUGAGUAGACGGGUUAUCUGACAAAUAAAACUGGGCUCAAUUGUGAACAAUGAAUUUAAGGCAUUUUUAUUAAUAGGCAUUUGUAGAUUAUUAACAUCUAAUUAUCAGAAGCAUAUUGCCGUGUAAACUAACAAGGUGAAAUACAUGCACUGCAUAAAUUACUACUAUUAAGUAUUAGGAUUGUGAAAUGUCAAUAAACAAUACACUUGUUCA